AAGAAACCAACCUUUUCUCAUGCCUUAUGUACUACUGAUUCAAAAAAAAUGAAAAGAUUCAAUCUUUUUCUUCCCUUACUACUAACUCUACUUACUUUUUCUUGUUUUCACUUCUCUAAUGCCAAAAACCCUAAGAACCCAUUUGCCAUUAACACUCUUAGACCUCUUUCAAGCCACCAUGGAAGCUCAAGCUCUCAUGGGUUUCCAUCUCAGGUCUUUAAUGUAGAUGAUUUUGGGGCCAAAGGUGAUGGAACAGAUGACAGAAAGGCAUUUAACAAGACUUGGAAUAAGGCUUGUUCAUCCAAAGGGGGUAUUUUUUUGGUCCCAAAGAAAAGGACUUAUCUUCUUGGGCCAAUGAAUUUCACUGGUCCUUGCAAAUUUUCUCUGCUUACUUUCAAGAUUGCUGGAACAAUUGAAGCUUCAACUGAACAAAAUGAGUACAUAAAGGAUAUGUGGCAUUGGCUUGUGUUUGUAAGUGUGAAAAACUUAAGAGUUGAAGGUGGUGGAACUUUUGAUGGUAAAGGAAAAAUAUGGUGGAAAAAAUCUUGCACUGUCUUCAAAUCUCUUUCUUGUGUUCGCGCACCAAUUGCAGUAACUUUCUUUGAUUGUAAGAAUCUAAAUGUGACCAAUAUUUGGUUCAAAGAUUCACAAAAAUUCCAUCUAUUCUUUGAUUCAUGUGAUAAUGUCAAAGCUAAUCAUCUAUUAGUAACUGCACCAAGUAAUAGUCCAAACACAGAUGGAAUUCAUUUGAGAGGUUCACAAAAUAUUCAUUUGAUGAAUAAUAUUAUCCAAACAGGUGAUGAUUGUAUUUCUAUUAUAAAUGGAUCAAGUAAUGUUAUAGCUACAGAUAUAAGUUGUGGCCCUGGUCAUGGAAUAAGUAUUGGUAGCUUAGGACCUAAUAAUACAGAAUCUCAAGUCUCUAAUGUGACAGUGGAUAGGGUAACAAUGUUGGGAACUACUAAUGGAGUUAGAAUAAAGAGUUGGCAGGGUGGUUCUGGUUAUGGAGAAAACAUAAUAUUUCAAAACAUAGAAAUGCACAAUGUCACCAACCCCAUCAUCAUAGAUCAAUACUAUUGUGAUCAAAUGGAACCUUGUCCAGAACAGUACUCGGCAGUAAAAAUAAGCAAUGUGGUGUACAGUAACAUAACAGGGAGUAGUUUCUCAGAAGUGGCUGUAAAAAUCAAUUGUAGCAAAACUUUUGAAUGUGAAGAGAUUUCAAUGAGAAAUGUGAAUUUGGUAAGAGAAGGAAAUGGUGUUGUUAAAGCUUUUUGUAGUAAUGUUGGAUUCACUCAAAAAGAAUUGGUUUUUCCUUCAUGCUCAUAGUACUUAAAAUAAACAUUUGUAUUUCUUUAAUAGAUUAUGUCUACUCUAAUCAAUAUGUUGAAAAAAUGUGAUGUAAUUUGGUAACUAGAACUAUUAUUUCUUAAAUAUCAAAUGGUAUUUUUGUUUCAACAUA